AUGCAGGAACCUACAUAUGACCCCAGCCGACCCAUGCCGGCCCUCGAGAUCGCCUUCUCAUACCAUCUAGUGGGCAUCCCAAAUAAGAGCAUUGUCAGUCUUCGCGUGGAGUUCCCUCCCAACGGCUCUACUCCUCCUCACCGACACGGCGGAGCCAACGUCGGAGCAUACCUUCUCAAGGGCACCCUUCUCAAUAAGAUGAACGACGAUCCAAUGAAGACUAUCCCGGAGGGAGGAAGCUGGUUCGAGGCACCUGGAUGUCAUCAUCGCAUCAGUGAUAAUGCUAGCAAGACUGAGCCAGCAACUCUGAUCGCAACCAUGAUCACAGAUACCGACGUCUUUGAAAGGGACGGUAUGGCUGCUCUCAUUCAGAUUGAUGAAGAGUAUAGGCCUGCGGCAUAA